ACAAGCGCAGCCCCAAUCACGUAAAAGAAAGUAGAGGAGGGCUUUAGAUUUUAAUGGCAGAAGUUUGAAUCUCCUCCUUUUCUCACCUUUUUUUUGUUUCUUGGACGCAUAGAUAUGGCGCUUAACAGUGAGUCGCAGUUUACAGAGUGGUGACGGAUGGGCUGCAGAGUAGUUUGAAUCGGUAUAUUUUAAUGGAUAAACAUUAUUCUUCCAGGAUGGUGAAAAGUGAAGAUACUAGCGGAAAGACUCCGGGAGAAACGUCAGAUAAGCAGUUUGCCAUGCCUACCAGAAAGGCUGCACAGAAAGGGCGGAGAAGUGUCAGCAGUGAGAAUUCAGCUUCCGAAGAUGUGGGAAGGACGGCUGCCAAAGCAUUAAGAUCACUACAGUUUGCCAAUCCAGGCCGACAGACUGAGUUUACCCCAGAAACAAGCCAGAGGGAGAAACGAAGACAGCAAACAAAGAAGACACCAGCUAAUUCUGACAGACAGACUAUACCUGGCAAGAGUAAAGUCUAUGAUAGCCGUGGUUUGCUGCUUAGUGGCUUGGAUCUCUGUGACUGCCUUGAUGAAGACUGCCUGGGCUGCUUUUACCCAUGUCCUAACUGUGGAUCACGCAAGUGUGGUGUUGAGUGUCGAUGCGAUCGAAAGUGGCUUUAUGAGCAAGUGGAAAUUGAAGGAGGAGAAAUCAUUCGCAACAAACAUUUCAGACUUCAAGACACGCCGAAGCGCACCAUUACCUAGUCGGAAGUACAUCUUGGCUGCUUAUUUUUUGUUUUUAUUUUUAAAUAAACCCCAACAGGAAGGUGAGAGAUCGCAGUGGACUCCUGAUAGGCUGAGGAAGACGACAACUUAACUCAAGCAGUCUCCAUGAUCUUGCCAUCUGCACUGGAUUGUGUGACACUUUUUUCUAUAAUUUUGAGAAGGGUUUAUUGCAUUCAUUUGACAGUGUUCCUUUUCCAGAUGCAUCUUCAUGAUUUUAUGUCUAGCUUCUUCCAUUUUUAAGGCAGGUUUCAGUGUAAAAACUUCACCAAAGGUUUUCUGAAUAUGACCAUUCCACUUGGGAGUAAAUUGAAAUGCAGCACCUCUGAGGUGCUGUGUAAAAAUUUGCUUCCAGAAUGCAUCAUCUGUAAGUCAGAAAAGUGCAUUGUGCCCUUUGUUUCAGCAGUAUUGGUUUGUAUUACAAGAUUCUCUAAAGCAAAACUGUAAAUAUUUGUAGCUGUUCGAUGUCAUAAAAAUGUAUAUUGUAUUAGGUGCACCUCAAGAACACACACUGUAUUUUAUUUUUUGGUCGCAGCAAGAAAAAAACAGCAUGUGUUUUCACAAAAUAAUUUUUUGUUGUCUUCAUAAACUGUUAUGUAAAAUAUACUUGGCUGGCAAAAAUAUUUUAUAGCUAGUGGCAAAAGUAUAUCUUAUGUUAUGUCCAGGUCUGCACAUUUCCCUAAAACCGUUUAAGAAACUGACAUUUCCUUUAUCUUCUGACUUUAAUAAUAAAAAAAAAAAUAAUUUAAUAA